UGCUUCUCAAAUGGGAAAAAGUUAUAAACAAUUGUAACAAAUUGCUGAAAUGCAGGUAUAUUUCAGUAUGUAUUCAUAUUAAAAUUCUCGAUGUUGCAGAAACAGAGUGAAGCCAUAUAAAUUUGAGCCAAACCAAUUAAUUAAGAAAAGGCAAUCGUACCUCAGACAUUAAUAUGUCGAAUAUAUCGUUAACUAAAACUGAACAUUGGAUAAAUAACAGAAGCAAUCCUUUUAUUGAGGAAUGGAGAAGCUGGUGUCGUCUCUGCGCGAAAGCUAAUGCUCAAUACAUUAAUGUUUUAUCUCAACAAUGCCACCAGUCAAUACCUGCAAACAUCAAUUACACCUUCAACAUUGCUUCUACAAUAGAAGAUUUUUUUCGGGUUCAUAUCAAAGAAGACGAAAAACUAUCACCAUUGGUAUGUACGGAGUGUUUUCAUGUAAUAGCAUCUUUCGUCAAAUUUAGUGAAAAUAUAAAAAAAGUUCAACAAUUGUACGAUGAUCUUCAGCAUAGUGAUGACAAAGCAAAACUAGAUUUGCUGGCUCUAUAUGAAAAAUAUGGGUUAUCUAAAGACGAAACCCUACUUGCAAAACCGAACGCCAAACUGCCGGUAGAAGAAGUUUUUAUUGCUGAUUCGCCGAUCACUAGUACAGCUCAUUCAUCGAAAUUUGAGGUGAAAGAUGAAAAACUAUCUGAUGAACUGCCAACUGAGGUAUUUAUUAGAGAGUUCGAAAAGAAAGAUGAAUUCCAAGAUCCAUUUGGCGAAGAAGUUGUGAAUUCUGGCCAGAAGAAUUGCCCUCCAGCGCAGGAAGAUGACAGUAGUACCGGAAGUGGGGAUUUUAAUAUUAAAAUGGAUACUUCAGAUGACGAUGAACAAGAAUUAAAAAAUAUUGCUGUAAACAGUGAAAGUAUGGAAUCUGAAGAUUCUUCAGAAAUCUCGAAAGAAAGUAAAUAUACUUGCAACAUUUGCUCUCAGCGUUUUCAGCGUAGUGGUAACUACUCAGUUCAUAUGAAGAAAAAGCAUGGUGUGGUUAUAUGCCCGCAAUGCUCUAAAUCAUUCGAUAGUGAAUCAAGUUUAAGGCGUCAUAUGAAAGAUCAUCGUCAGCUAUUUCCCUGCCAACAUUGCGAUCGAAAAUUCCAAACGAAAGAAUACGUGGCCCAACAUGUAAAAUUUGUACACGAGGAUGAGCGUCCAUUUAUUUGCGAAGCAUGCGGCGAUGCUGUUCGCACUAAAGGACAGUUAAAGGAACACAUGUUGACACACACAGAUUAUUCUCCUUUUGAGUGCAAAGAAUGUGGAAAAUGCUUCAAGCAAAAACAACGUUUGAAGAGACACAUGCAGAUACAUGGGGACAAACAUAUUUGCACAGAAUGUGGCAAACAACUAAGUACGCGAGCUACACUCAAUAGUCAUUUAUUGGUGCAUUCCGAUAAAAUGCCCCACAAAUGUGAUUAUUGUGGCCGGCUAUUCAAGCGUGCCAAAACGCUUAAAAACCAUUUAAUUGCACAUACUGGCCUUAGACCAUAUUCUUGUGACUUUUGUGACAAAACAUUUUCAACUGGUCCGAGCUGUCGUUUUCACAAAAAGACUAUGCAUCCAGUGGAGUUAGCUGCGCUAGAGGCGUCUGGGGUAAAAACAUAUACAAAAAAUAUACCCAACUUGGACGUAUUAAAGGCGGUCUCUCGGACGGCAGAAAAUCUCACACCGCUGGCAUCGAAACAAAACGGCUAUGCAAACUUCGAUAAGAAAAGAGAUAUUUCAACUGAAGAUGUAAACUCAAAAAUAACAGAAACUACCAAUGCAAACGUUAUAUAAGUGAAAUGCUACAAAUAUUUUGUACUUAAAAGAAAUCGCAUUUCUGACUACUAUAUUUAAAUUUUAAACGCAAAGCAAAAGCAUGAAAUUGAAAUAAUUUGUUCGUGAUACCUUGAACAAUGCUCAUCAGCACUGGAGACGCAACUUAUCAAAAGAUAGUAUUUUUCGGUGUAAAAAUUUUAAUACGAGCUUUUACAGAUAACGCAUUUUUGAACUCGAAACAUUUUCAGAAGAAAAAGGCACCAAUGGCAAAGCAACGUUAUAAAAAUGCAAGUUUCUGCCAAUAAAAACCUUCAAACAGUAGUAUUUUUUGUCAAACCCUAUUAUGUGAAUAUUUCGCACACAUAAAAUUGAAAAAAUAAUAAAAUCAGGUGGAAAAAGGAAUAAUUAAAUUAAAAAAAUUACUAUUUGUUUGAAAUUUUUUACUGAAAAGUUAAUGAACAAAGCAUGUGUACAUUAAAAGUAGUUUUUUCAGAUUUGUUUUAGUAAUUU